ACUUUCUAUAUGUAUAUGUCUUGUCUUGUUUUUAGCUUCAUCCUGUCCGAAACAGUCUGCUCCUCCCCUUUUCUAGAUUGCUGCCUAAUUACAAAUCAUUGAUAAAUUUAUCGAUGGUAUAGAAAUUUGAAAUAUACAUUAAGUUUUUGACAAGAGUUUGAAAUGACUACGCCAUCAGUAACUUUAAGAUCAAUCAAAAAUGAGGAUACAGGCAUCGACAUUUCUGUUCCUCGUUUCAAAGAAGAAGAAGCUCCUCUUGGAGGAAUUUCUGUCUUGUAUGAAAUUUUUGUUGUCACAAGAUUAGAAAUUUUUAAAACAAGAUUGCAUAAAAGUGGUGAUGUUGUACAUUUUACUAUUUUUAAAGCCUAUAGAGAAAUAGAAGAUUUAUACAAUAAAUUGAAUAAAAGAUAUCCAAAAGCUGGAUUACCUCCUGUUCCUAAAGCAAGUUCUAAAUACACUGAUGAUGAAAGAGUAGAAGCUCUUGAUUUGUUUUUCAAGGCUAUUGCCCAAAAUAUUGAGAUAUGUCAUUCAUCUACUUUUACACAUUUUAUAGGUAUUAAUUCUCAUAGGUUGCCAUCUUUUACUCUUCCUAAAACUGAAACAACAACAGAUAACUGUGAUAAACCAAAUGAUGUACAAAAUGAAGAAUUUGAUAAUUCUAAGAAAGAAACAGUCAAUGAGGUUGAAGUCUUUCCUAAAAUGAAAAUUAAUGCAGUUGAAAAAGUGCCAUCUGUACAACAACCAUUAAAAAAUGUGGAUCUUUUUGAAGAAGUGAAGCAUACAAAGGAAACAACGAUAAAUACUAAAUCUAAAGGAAAAUUUUCUCAAGGUUUAUUUGAUGACUUUGAAGAAGAUGACAAUUUAUUUAGUUCAAUACCUGGAGAAAAAGCACCAGUUCCAUCACAAGAAGAAAAAGUGAAGGAAAGUAAAGAGGAAAUAGAAGUAAAGAAACCAGAAGCUCCCAAACGAAAAGAAAAAGUAUUACCUGCACCUACUGUUGAUGAUUCUGAAAUAAUUAUCAAAGACAGAAAACCUGGUGAUGUAUCUUUAUUCGAAGAUCAAGAUUUUGGAGAUUAUAUUACUAAAGAUGAGGAGGCCCUUUUCUUAGUUACAUCUCCAACAACUACUCAAAAUAAGAAAAACACUUUAUUGUUUUUUGAACGAGAAGAAUCCCCUGAAGAUAUCGAUAAAAGAAAGAAUGAAAAUCUUGACGACCUGCUUGACCUGGCUCCUCUGCCGAAUUCUCUAUUAACGAGCAAGAAACUGGAGAAAGAACCCGAACAAAGUAUAGAAAAAGAACUUUCGCCACUGCCAGCGAAACCCGUGCCUCUACCAAGAAAAUUUUUUUUGGGGAAAGUGGAAUUUGAGUCACAGCCGAAGCCAGAAGUUAAGCCGAGGAAAGUAUUCUUGAACAAAGCCAAUGAAUCCACAGAGGAACAAAGACAAAAACCUGAGCUACCUGUUCGUCCACCAGUUCCUGCCAAACCUACAACAGUUCAAACCAAGCCAGCACCGCCGCCGAAACCGAAACCUCCACCAAAAAAACCGAAGCCAAAUGUCCAAACCACGCGGAACACCACGAAUGAUUUGGACGCCGCAAAUGCUAACGAACCUGGGAACCUGAACACUGCAACCGAGGAUUUGAAAGAGCUUGACAUUCUGAAAUAUAUUGAACAAGAAGAAAAAUCGCUGGAUGCUCAAUUAAAUCUGUUUGAUUGAAACGGAAAGCAUACCUUUUAUUGUUAUUAUGAUUGAUUGAUUUGCCGUCUGAAAUAUUGGCCAAAUUAUAUUGGACUCUUUAGAUACGAAAAAAGAACAUAUACCGAUUUGGGGUAGGGAUUUUGCAAGGACAGAAUUUAAUAAUCUACUUUAAAAUGUUGUCGUUAAAAUAUUUCUUAUGCAUUACUCAUUUAUAUCAGAAAAACUCUACCAUAAUUUGAAAAUUGGAAAAUAAAAAAUUAAAAGAUUAAAGCAUUAAUUAACUAUAACUAAAGGAAAAUGCAGCUUAAAAAUAGGUAAAUAAAGUUUGUUAUAAUUUUUAAAAACUAGAUUAUUUCCAUAAAUAUUUCGUGUGUGAAUAUAGGAAAAUCAUAAGGAAAAAGGCAGUAUAAAAGUGUUGACAAUUCUAAUAUUUCCCAACUUGACAUAACUUAGAAUGUCAACCCGCAGUUUAAGAAGCCUUGCAUUUUAGAAUACAUUUUAUUCGAAUUUCCUUGCUCUUUUGUUUACUGGUUUUCUAAACUGUCACACAGGAAAUAUUUUGUACUCCAUAUUUUUUAUCCAUUUUAUUCAGCUGUCUGAUUUAUUAAUGUAGGAGGACAGCAAUAAAUUGUUGAAACUCAAAUUCUAGUUUACAAAAAUUGGCUUUUAAAAAUUAGCUUUUGUUUUAAUUUGAUGCCCUCAUGAAAGGAUAGAAUGUCACACAGAUAAAGAAGGAAUAAAAAAACAUCAACUAUAAAUACAAAUCAACUUCUUUCGUAUGAAUUGGAAAUAAUGUUUAAUUUAUUACUGGAAAGUUUUAGACUUUUUAGAAACUUAAUUGUGAUUGAAUUAUAGUUUACUAGUAUUUCUGUUUUACUCUGUAUAUUUUUUAGUGUCCAAAUGAGUCUUUUUGAUUAUAUUCAAAUUUGUUCCUAAUUUCUAAUUUGAUGCUAGCUAUAGAUAUUAGCAUACAAUCUCUGAUUCUGAGUAUCUCUUCAAAGAUUAAAAUAAAUUUACUACCAUAAAUAUUGAUUAAAAAUAUUUUUCACUGAAAUGAAGUAUAUGUUCCCUUUUUUUUACUGGUGAGUCCAAUAAGGGUAAAUACUGUAUUAUUUCAAUAUAUUAGAGCAGCUAUGUAAUCCUUUCUUUCCUGUCGUUUCAAAGUACUGGUUUGAUCAAAUGAUGAAUUUUGAGAAAUGAAAAUUUUCCCAAGAUAUCCAAUGCAACACUCUUUUAUAGCAGAUUGUACCUUCUAAUGUACUAUGUAUUAUAUGCUGGAAUAAUUUCUGUCAUAUGUCAAUGAAAUAAGUACUCUACUAUCCAUUGAAAGCAACUCUUAUGACUUGAUUUUCCUGUUGGUUGAAUUAAAAUAUGUCAUUGGUAUCUUAAUUGGUUUAGAAUUCAAUACAAAAAAAAAUUAAGCAUU